UUUCCCUAAAGCACGGGGUCUUUGACGCGCUCGGUCGAGAGGGGAGGGAGGGAGCGAGGCAGGGCAUAGCCGUGUGUGUAUGUGUGUGGCGUGGUGUGUGUGUGUAUGCGUGUGUGUGUGUGUACGUUAAGGGGACGAGUCGCCGCGAGGACUUGUUGAUUGGGAGGAUCUGAUCUAUGUGGGGACAGUGAACGAGUGACCGCUGCACUACCCAACUGUUCAGGGGGCCAUUCAUUCAACGUUCAUGGCUGAAGCUCGCCUAUUUUUUUCUUCUAUAUUGUAUUUUUACGCACCGAUCGCCAUAGAAUCUCCCGCGCGGUAGAAUCGAUGUGGAUAGAAAACACAUCUUUCUAUCGAAGUCGAAAUGUCUCUGCAGCCUCUCGGGGCGUUGGAAGUUUUUUCUUUUGAAUUUGUAUGCAGCUGCCAUACAAUGCAGACGUAUUCUUCACAGGACUCCAAUCCGCUUUGGUACCAGUUUUUGCUCCCGGGUUCCUGUCGCGCACAGCCGUCCGUCGUGUGACCACUGGUGUCUGAGCUUCUUUUGUGUUGUUGUUGCAUACAAAUAAUAACAAUAUCACAAGGAUUACAAAGAAGAAAAACAAUUACGCAUCAACCUCGGGGGAAGGCUGUGGCUGUGUCCGCUGGCUGGCUGGCUGGCUCUGUGACCAUAACUUAACUUGUCCGCAUUCCGUUAGAACUUGCAGUCAGCGCACAUCAUCGAUGCCUUUUCGCACACGUCUCCGAGCGCCUGUCAUGGAAAACGGCCGUCACACGUUCUCCGUGGCGGAUGAGCGAUCGCAAAACUCCUAGACGUCGCCGCUUCGCCCAAACCGCCGCUCCGAUGGUCGGAUAGCCGACGUCGUCAGAGGCGUCGACGCUCGUUUGAUUGCCCGGCGGCGGCGAAGACGCGGGCACCGUAACCGUUCAUUGAUAUGCGAGAUAUUCCGAUUUAUUGAAAGAUAUUCGAAAAAGAAUAAAAUAAGGAAAUAGAGGAAGACGCAGCGAGGAGAGAGUUGAGUGCAAAUCACUGCAGCCCGUCCUGGACAAUUUAGGAGGCGCUGGGAGACAACGUCUCAGCGUUAGGCAAUGCCAUGUAAAGCAGCGUGCAGGUAUGACUGAUCAUAUGCUGUCUCUGUCCGCCUGAGGCGGGCUGACUUGUGUAUUUUUUGUUGCUCAUGACGGCAAUAUGGAAAUAAAUAUGAAGUGACAUAUUUAUUUUUCUCCUCCACGAUGUCCAAGAAGAACUCGAACGACGAUUGACAACUGGUUGUCUCAUCUCAGCGUUACCAUGUAGUGUCUCGACAGUAACAGACACUGCGCACACUUCUAAAAACAGCGUUAUAAUACCCGAUUCCAACGCUGAAAGGACCGCUUCGGAGCGCAAACAUGGGACUGUGAUCCGGGCCAGGAGCUCGGAGAGGCGGGUUGUUUAUGUGUAGUCUGUGCUCCGUGCGCGCAGACUGGACGUGAGCAGUUGCGAGGUGAUUUGUAAAAGACAUGGCUGCUGCCAUCGCUAGUGGCCUGAUCAGGCAAAAGCGACAGGCACGAGAGCAGCAUGUAGACCGGCCCGCCACCAACCGGCGGCGAAAGAGCCCCAACAAGAACAAAGGGCUCUGCAAUGGGAACCUGGUCGACAUCUUCUCUAAAGUGCGCAUCUUCGGCCUCAAGAAGCGACGACUACGGAGACAAGAUCCCCAGCUCAAGGGUAUAGUAACCAGGUUAUAUUGCAGGCAGGGAUACUACUUGCAAAUGAACCCCGAUGGAUCUCUUGAUGGGACCAAAGAUGACAGCAGCAAUUCCUCUCUGUUCAACCUCAUUCCUGUGGGUCUCCGCGUCGUCGCCAUCCAGUCCGUGAAGUCAGGGUUAUACAUCGCCAUGAACGGGGAGGGCCAUCUGUACACAUCAGAACUCUUUACGGCGGAAUGCAAAUUCAAGGAGUCUGUAUUUGAAAACUAUUAUGUCAUCUACUCGUCCAUGUUGUAUCGACAACAAGAGUCGGGGCGGGCGUGGUUCCUGGGCCUGAACAAAGAUGGCCAAGCCAUGAAGGGGAACAGAGUAAAGAAGACCAAACCAGCCGCUCACUUCCUGCCCAAGCCAUUAGAAGUCGCCAUGUACAGAGAGCCCUCGCUGCACGACGUCGGAGAGACAGUGCCCAAGGCGGCGGCGGCGGCGGCGGCGGCGGCAGCGGCGGCGGCGGCGGCGACCGGGGCCGUGGCCGCCACCAGUAAAAGCACAAGUGAGCCGGCGAUGAUGAACGGGGGGAAACCGGUCAGCAAGCCCGACAAGCCUGCCACAUAGCCACACCUGACCAGCGCAGGGUGUGUGUGUGUGUGUGUGUGUGUGGUUGUGUAUACGCGUGCGUGUACACCUCUGUGUGUUUGUGUGUGUGUGUGACAAAGAGCGAGAGCGAGAU